CACUUCCUAUGAGUCUUUCCUUUAAUCGAAUAUCUACCCCAACACUACCCAUAAUUAGCCUAAUGGGACAUAUACUGUUUCAAGUUGUUUAUGAAUACCACAAAAUAUUUUUAUACUAAUUGUUAACGGAAAGUCCCUUCCAAAUGUGCAGAGUGGCUAUACACCACCAUCUUGGGGAAGAUGCCUUAUGCCUCACUCUGUGGUAUUCAUCCACAACCUCACGGCGCUGCACCGCUUGCGGUUACGUAACUAACGCAAACAUUUCCGCAUACAGGAGUACCUUGCACUUUCGUCUGGUUCGGGACCAGAGCGUGGACGAAUGUAAAAAAUGGACGAAUGUCAAAGCAGAGCCUUUAUUUAGCUUGCACAUUUAAUAACUAGAGUGAAUGUAGAAUGUACAUGCAAAUAACUACAGUCACUAUUUAAUACAUGCGUGCGAAACCUAAAUAAUCAGAAAUAAAAGAAAAAUUUAUGUAAGAAUACAUACGAAAUAUGUCAAUGGGAGAGUGGUGGUAGGAGACUUGCUGCGGAGCAUUGACAUAUUUCAUUGCUUCCUUUUAGUACCUUUCACGCGACGGUCAAUGGUAGAGUGUAUAGCAGAUCGUAUAAUAAUAAAAUGUAUAAAAGUGUAAUGUUUAAUAUAAUGUAUAAGGUAAUAUAUAGUAUCGUAAUUGUAUAGUGAAUAUACAGCAGUGUGGUAUACAGUAGUGUGGGUAGAAUAAUACAUAGUGUAAUAUUACAAUGUAUAGUCUAAGGUAUAGGGUGGUGUAUAGUAAUACAGUAUAUAAAUUAAUGUUGGGUUUGUCUAUGGCAGUAUAUAGUACGGGGUAGACCCGUGUGAUGGUAGAGAAAAAAGUUUAGCUGGAGGCAUAUAAUAUUUUUGCGACAUAGAAUUGUAAUGUAUGACUUACUAUUAGUAGCUCAGCUUAUUGGAGGGUAUAUUUAGUAUAUUGAUGAUACCGAUGUAGUUUAUAUUUAAGUUUUUUUAUUACGUGGUGGUUUAGCUGCUGCAGCCCCUUGCUAUUAAAAUUCCUUCCCUCUAUUACUGCUAACCUUACUCCCUCCCUUUGAUGCUGCUAAUCCUGCAUACUGCAUAAUGCACGGGCAUAAUAUGACUUUGAAACCCCCCCACCUCCUACGCAUUCCACAAGUAGUGACUAAUCCCAUAUCUGCAUUUCCCAUAAAUAUGCUAAAUUCCUCUUGAUAUGCAAAUUCCUUUGUCAAGGCACCCCUUCCCCCUCCAACCCAGCUUAAAUAUACGCUGCCAAGCCUGGUGGUGCCCAUUCAGACGCUGUCUUUCCGACAGACCUGUUCUUCACCUGAGGACGGCUGCUUGCGUUGUGGCCAAAACGUCGUGAGAAUUAUUUUAUUAUGUUUUAUUUUUAAUAUUUUAUUAUUUCCCUUCUACGUGACUUUACCGAAAGAACCAAGAAGAUGAAUUCCUGCAGUCACGAAAGCUUUAAAUCGAAAAAUAAAACAUAGGCCAUUAACCUUAUGCUUGACAAAGUACGAUCCGAGGGAAAAAUUGCAAUUGUUUCUGCCAUGUCAUGAAUAGCAAGCACUCACUUGGAAAAUGGCCAAACUCUUCAUUCAAGAUAUCUCUAGAUAUUAAACAAUAGAGUCCACUUGUAACUUCACCAGAAGAAAUGCUAUGGGUCACUUGAUGCAAAAAGCUCAUCUCUUGGUGAUAGUUGAAAUCAGUAUGGGCCAUCACUUUACAUUUUAAUGCCUUGAUCGCCAAAUUGCAAGAUGUGAAAAAAAUAACAUGCCUUUUGGAGGUCUUACAAUCCUUUAGGCCGGAAAUUUAAAGCAAAUCUUGCAUGUGUUUUGUCAUGGAGGGAGACCUCAAAUAGUCGAAGCAAUGUUGAAUCAAUCAGUGCUUUGGUUACAUAUAGUGUAACUGAGACUUCAAACCAACAUGCGAAUUGCCACAGCUGCAGAAAAUUCUGAUGAAGCCAAGUUCGCCAAAUGUUUAAUGGAUGUUGGAAAUGGAAAGGUAACUGUGGAUAUAUUACUUGUCCAUUUAAAAAGUCAAAUUCCAAAUAAAUACCGACUUUCAUCUGAAAACCUUUGCAAUCUCUGUUAUAAUGGCUAUGAAGACCUAAGGGAUAACUUCAAGGAGGCCAUAUGGGGUGCAAACCAUGCCAUCAGUUCUCCUAGAAAGAGUGUUGUUGAUUUGAUCAAUUCAAUGAUGAUGAACCAUUUUCCUGAUGAAGAAAACAGUUUACAAAAGCUCAGAUACAGUGGAUAAUGAAAUAAUCUAUCCUUUUGAAUUCAUCAACCAUUCUGCAUAUCUACCGCACUUGCUCAAACUGAACGUUUGCUUCCGCAUUAUGCUCCUUUGGAAUUUAGACACUGCGACGGAACACGCAAUAUCAUCUUGACAAUGAACAAUUGCAUAAUUAAUCAAAGCCAUUGUUGUAAGUGGACCCCACUUUAAGGAGAAGCUAUUGUCCUUCAUUCCUCUGGCUCCAGCUGAAAAGAGAUUUCCAUUCUCAAUGACAAGAUAAUUUCCAAUUCAUCACGCUUUUCAAGUCACCGCCAACAAGAGCCAAAGAUAAACACGGCAGAAAAUUGGAAUCUUCCUCCUUUAGUUACUGUCUUUUACAAUUUACCAUAUACUUGCCUUAUCUUAGCCUUCAUAGGUUACAAUUGAAGCCCAAAGGCACCUAAGCCCUCCUGCAGGACCUAUGAGAUGAGGGCCCGUAGGCCCCAACAUCUUCUAAUUAUAAAAUAACACGAGAAAAUGUGGUUAUAAUCAACAAAGUAAAUACAAAUAAAUAUUAAAGUAUUUAAUAAUUGUUUAUGAACUUAAAUUAUGAUGAUGCUGCACAGUCUCUGUCACUUAAUCUCAUCACUUUCUUUCUCUCUCGCUCACUCGAUGCAGUUUUGUAGCGUUCCAGAUGUAAUUCACAGAUAGCCAAAAUCGCAAGUUGGUGAAUAUCGAGGGAACACUAUAUAUCUACUGGGUGUACUUCAUGUGAGUGUGUAAUGCAUGCGUGUAUAUUUUCUGUAAUUGGUGUGUAUACCUGCUGGGUGUACUGAGUGUGAGUGUGCAAUGUAUGUGUAUAUUGUAUGUAUUUUGAACUUUCACACCAUAUGUAGCCAAACGUGCUAAUCGGAGGUGCAUAUUGUAUGUAAUGUAUGUUUGCUGGGUGGACUGCAUGUGUGUGUUUAAUGUUUGUAUAUUUGUUUGGUGGACUGCGUGUGUGUAAUGUGUGUGUGUAUAUCUGCUGGGUAUACUGCAUUUCGGUUUUUAAAGCGUGCAUAUAUUGUGUAUAAUGUGUAUGUAUAUUACGUGUAAUGUAUAUCUACAGAAUCAGUGAGAUGGAGCAAAGACCCAAGACGCCGCCCGGUGCUGGUGGAACACACCAAUGUGACCAGUGUCCAUAUGGCAUGGACCAGACUGGACACAUGCAUCUGCACCAGAAAUCACACACAGCCAAGAAGCCCUUCAAAUGCACUGUGUGUGGGAAGGCAUUUGGAAAGUCAACACAACUUCAAAUUCACUAUAGAACACACUCAGGCGAGACACCCUUCAAGUGCACUGUGUGUGAGAAGGCAUUUAGACAGUUGUCACAUCUUCAAAUGCACCAGAGAACACACACUGGUGAAAAGCCCUUCAAAUGCAUUGUGUGUGGUAAAGCUUUUAAACAGUCAGCAUCUCUUAAUGUUCAUCAGAGAACACACACAGGCGAGAAGCCCUUCAAGUGCACCCUGUGUGGAAAGGCAUUUGCUGAGUCAGGACAUUUUUAUAAGCAUCAGAGAACACACUCAGGUGAGAAGCCCUUCGUGUGCACUGUGUGUGGGAAGGCAUUUAGCCAGUCAUCUUAUCUUCGUAAUCAUCAGAGAACACACACAGGCGAGAAGCCCUUCAAGUGUGCUUUGUGUGGGAAGGCAUUUGCACGGUCAGAAGCCCGAAAGAGGCAUGAGAAGAUCCACAAGGAAACGGAGGUGGAAACGAGAAGUGAAAAUCAAAGUGCUGCAUUGAGCCCAUCUGGCAUGGAACAAGAACCGGAAGACAACCGCAGCUUCGCAACGUGGCGAGCAGUGAAGGUGGAAUGUGAAGAAGUGAAGGUGGAAUGUGAAGAUGUGAAGGUGGAUUGUGAAGAAGUGAAGGUGAAAUGUGAAGUAAAGGUGAAAUGUGAAGGUGAAAUGUGAAGAUUUAGAUUUGACUCCAGAACCCGACCUCCAGGUGGUUGGAGGCAGCGUGAACCAGGAGGAGCAUUCGGACUGAGGGAGAGCGAGGCGACCCCCAGGAGUUUGUCGAUAUGGAGGUGUAGGUGGAGUUUUUGGGGGAGCGUUGUGUUGCGAGUAAAAUGGAUGCAUACGAGUCAGUGGUGUACAGUGAAACAUGCUCCAGAGCCACAAGCAGAAAUUUGAGAUUUGAAACCAGUCCUGGCCAAGACAAAGGCGUGGGGCACCCACUGUUAAGGCAGCUCAGUUGAGUAUCACCAAGCAGGAGCAGCACCAGCAGCAGCACCUGCGAAUCUGCAGCACCAGCUGCAGCAGCAGAAGCAGUGAACAAGGGAGGAUUUCCCAGCGGAGAGGACAAUGUAUUCAUGUACGACAUAAAUAUUCUCAAUUGAGCAAUACCCUGCACCUUAUAUGGAAUGUGGCUCUGCGCCUGCCUCAUGUGGUGUGCAGCAGUCUGGUUCUGGACAGCAUACUGAAAGAGCUGCCCUUAGACUGAGCAGCAGAUGGGGAUUUGUGAGUUGCAGGGACUUGAAGGCCAUCCUGACUCUACCAGCCUGAACCUGUUGACCCUCUGAGGCCUGUCGAAUGGCAUCUCGCUACUGUGCAGCUGCGUGUAGCUGUGUGUGCAGAAGUGCAGUGGCUGAGUGCAGCAGGACGCAGCUGCGUGUGUGGUGUAGCAGUGUAUGUAUGUUGAACUUAUUUCACACCGUUCGUAGCCACUCAUGCUCAUCGGAGGUGCUAGCAGUGUGCUAUGCUGUGACAGGUGCACACUGUUGUUGUGCCAAGUGUUCACUGUGCUGGGUGCAUGCGAGGACGGGCUUGUGUCGGGGCGAGGUGUGUGCGGGUUUUUAUUAUAUUCCCUGUAUUUGUUCUGGGGGUGUGGCAUUGAUUGCAACAACCGCACCUCCCUUAACUUGGUAAGAGCCAAAAUAAAUCGCUCAAACC